GCUAAGCUGAUUCUCUCUGUUAAUUGGCUGUGCAAUAAACGUGCGUAAACAGUGCUUUCUCACGUGGAGUGUAGAUAAGGGUUAAAGAUUCGUUCUUUUGGAUUGGCUGGUUUUGGAUUGCAAUUUUCUUUGUUUUUGUUAAUUGAUAUUGUUUUCACACGUGUUUCCGGCGAAAACUGUCAACAUCCUGGAACGUCAACUUCCGUUUUCCAGAAACUAUGGCUUUUGAAAAUAUUUCUGGGCUGUCAUUACUUUCACAAUAUGAUGAUCUUUGCAGACAUGUUGAUGUAUUGAAACAGGGAUGUGAAAAUGAAUUCAAACAAUUUGUCCAAAAUCUGCCAAAACUGCAACAAGAGCUGAGAGCUGCUCAAGCAGAAAUUCAUAAAUUAAAAAUGAGAAUCAAUGCUCUUGAAAUGGAAAAGAAAGGAUGUGAAGGUCAAAUUAAACAACUUGAAAGUCUAUUUGGAGAGGAAAUUAGCAAAAGGAGAAAACUUGAAUCUGAAAACAAGAUCAUAGCAAAAAAAUUAGCGAUUAUCAGUGAUGUUAUUUUGGCCCAAGGAAACCCUAUUAAUGCUGAAACAAAAGAGAAGGUAAAAAUUCUUCUUAGUGACGAAGAAUGUGGACACAGGCAGUACCUUCCUGGAUUAACUACUAUUGAAGAUUCUAUUGGAUCACUUUUGAGUUCUUCUGACUGUGACGAUACUUUUGAACAAUCAAGUCUAAAUAUUUCUUGUCCACAAAAAAGGCCCUUUACAAGAAAUUAUGGCAACCAGAGUUAUGAGAAAAGAAAAAAGCUUGAGAAAACUGUUACAUCCCAGUUUGCUACAGAUCAACAGCCAGAUUUAAUCAAAAUUGAUAAGGUUCCAGAAGUUGAAAAAUGUCUAGAUGUACUGAGCAGUAGUGAACUGAGCUCAAUUUCAUCCACAGAAGCACCAGUUUCUGCACACCAAUCAGAUUGUGAAUUGAUGAAAAGUUGCAGUUACAAUCUUCGCAAUCGCACAAACAGAAGCACCACUUUAAAUUUACUACGAAAUCGAUCUGACAUUAUAAGAUUACCUACCCAAGACCAUUGCUUUGUUUCAAAAUCAGCUGUUCGAUCUGAGAGAUGUUAUUCUUGUGACAAACUUAUUGGAUUUUGUAAACAAACUCUAAAAUGCAAUAAUUGUAAAAUGACAUGUCAUCCAGAAUGCAAAAAUCAGUGCCCAGCAAUAUGCAUUCCUCUUACCCCUUGCUCCACAAAGGGCUCAGAGAGCUUAAUUUCUGAUUACACAUCAUCUACAUCAUCUAUGAUUCCUUCUCUCAUAAUCCAUUGUGUCAAUGAAAUUGAAUCUCGUGGUCUUAAAGAUAUUGGUCUUUAUCGCAUAUCAGGGAUGGAAAAAGAAGUGAAAGAUAUAAAAGAAAAACUUUUGAAAGGAAAGAAUUUGAUAAAUCUGAAGAAAGUGCACAUUCACGCUCUUUGUGGAACAAUUAAGAGUUUUCUCCGCUCAUUGAAAGAGCCUUUAAUUCCAACAUCAGCAUGGCCGACUCUCGUGAAAGUUACAGAACAGAAAGAUAAAAAUAGGAGUUUGCAUUUAUUGUACAAUCUUGUUUGUGAUUUGCCACAACCUAAUAAGGAAACACUUGCUUUUUUGAUGCUACAUCUUCAAAGAGUUGGCGAAUCUACUAAUUGUAAAAUGCCUGUAGACAGUCUUGCAAGAGUUUUGGGGCCAACAAUAAUAGGAUAUUCUUCACCUUCAUUGUCAAAUUCAAAUUUAUUGAAAGAAACAGCACAACAAUGUUCAGUUAUGAAGAAACUGCUUAUACUACCUUCAGAUUGCUGGCAAAACAUUUUAAGCAAAGUUUCUGCCAAUUCCAAAUCAUUUUCAAUAAUUUCUGCACUAAAAACAUCAAAUUCAACAUCAAUUUCUGAAGAUUCCAGAAUCGGGCCAGUGUAUGCUUCUGUUGCGAAAGACAGACUUAAGGAUAGGAAGAAUAAAAACUCGCCAAGAAGUUCUUAGGAAUUGAAAAUGCAUUUUUGAAUUAAAGUAUUGAUUGGAAAAUUAAAAAAAAAGAAAAAAACCUUUUUAAAAUAUAGUUUUUAUUUUUAACUAGUUUGUAAUGGUGAAUGAUGGUAUCAGUAGAUCAGAAUGUCCAUCAGUUUUAAUAAGUGAAAAGUAUUGAAUUUGGUAGCAAAAGUCAUAUUUUUUGUCUCAUACAGUAAAAAAAGUUCGUUUAUAAAGUUUUUAAAUGUUAAGAAUUAUCUUUUUUAUAAAAUAAGGCGAUCUACUUAUGAAAAAUAAUUUCGCAAAACAUUUAAAAAUCUCUCUCUUUUUUUGUCAAUUUAUCUUUUGUAUUAAAAUAUUGUUUGUUGGAAUACUUAAAGAAUCAGUCAGAU